UUCCCCAUUCGCAUCGUUCGCGUCGGCCGGCGGCACAUGUUGGAUUUUUUAGUUUUUUUAGUAAGUUUUUAAAGUGUUAUUCAGUAAAUAGAUGACUGAAUCAACCCAAGAUACGCUGCCAAGCGAAGCUAGUGGUGAAAACAACAAGCGACCUCAAUUUGGCAACCGGUUCCUUUCCGAAGACGACGAUGUAUUCCGGCACAAUGCUUGGGACAACGUGGAAUGGGACGAGGAACAGGAACGUGAGGCACUGGAAAGUGUUCAAAAAAACUCAUCCGUAAAGAUGACUGAUGACCAAGUUAGUAAAUUGGAAAACGAUGCCGACACGAAUUGGGACAAAUUUUACGACAUUCACCAGAACCGCUUUUUCAAAGACCGACACUGGUUAUUUACCGAAUUCCCGGAACUGGCUCCUCACAACACGAAAGACGCCCCUGAACGGGUUUUUGCGGAGGGUAUCGAUGGAGGUAGCUCCACAGCUUACCAACAAGACCCUAAACCGGAAGCUAACAACACUAUCAGAACCAUUUUCGAGAUCGGAUGCGGUGUGGGGAAUACGGUCUUUCCAAUUCUGAAGUACAGUGUGGAGGAAAAUCUUCGAAUCUAUGCCAGCGAUUUUUCCAAGCAAGCCAUUCAAAUUCUCAAGGAAAGUAAAGAAUACGAUGGGAAACGUUGCGAGGCCUUCGUGUUGGAUGCUACGGCUGACCGGUGGAAUGUUCCAUUCGAAGAGAACAGCAUUGACAUUGUGGUGCUCAUUUUUGUCCUGUCAGCUAUUGAUCCUGAAAAAAUGCAACACGUGGCUAACCAAAUAGCUCGUUAUCUCAAACCGGGUGGAUUGUUGUUGCUUCGCGACUAUGGCCGCUACGAUCUGGCCCAGCUGCGUUUUAAACCGGGCAAAUGCCUAAAGGAUAACUUUUACGUUCGUGGAGAUGGAACGUUGGUUUAUUUCUUCACCCAGGAAGAUUUGCGAAAACUUUUCGAACGAGCUGGCCUGAUCGAGGAGCAGAACAUCGUCGAUCGCCGUUUGCAGGUAAAUCGGGGAAGAAUGCUGAAGAUGUACCGAGUUUGGGUCCAGGUCAAAUUUCGGAAACCAACUGAUAUCGGCAGUACGUGAUAGUGGUUUUACAUAAAUUGUGUACUUCAUUCAAUGUUUUGCAUUGCGACUAAUAACAAUAAUUGUA